AUGGACAACUCGCUUAACGGGCAAUCCAGCCCCCCGAUGAGCUUAACCGAAGUCACCUACUCCAUUCAAGCCGCCGACGGGCAGAUCGUCAAGCCCGAGAUCUUCGCCCGGAUUGACAAGGGCUUCUUCAUGGCUGAGGGCGACUGGACUUGCUACCGCCGCAACUACUUCUCCCUCAACUGCUCCUAUACCUUAUCACCUACGAUCCCCGUCGGCACCUUGUACCUAAUGCAGCACAGCGGUGGGGGACCCGCCAUCAAUGGCUUCGCCAUGAGCAUCGCAGCUGUUGUCGACGGCCGAGACGGCAAGUCCAUCGAGCUCGUCCAACACACUCCUAAGCGAGACAAGGGGCCCCAAGAAAAACCGGCCCGCAUCACCCUCUCUCCCCGACCUCCCAUCCCCCACGGCAUGUACGAUUCCCUCUCCUCGCGCGACCUCUACUCCACGCCCAGCUUCUCCCAAAAUCCCAACCAGCCCGCCGUCGAAGCCACGUUCGAGCGCAUCCAGUUCAAGAACGCCACGGCCAACAACGGCAAGCGGCGAGCCGCGCAGCAGUACUACCACCUCCUCGUGGAACUCUUCGCCGACGUGGGCUCUCAGCACCCGGACCGCUGGGUCAAGAUCGCGACGCGCAUGUCGGCCCCGAUGGUGGUGCGAGGCCGCUCCCCGGGCCACUACCAGGGCGAACGUCGCGGCUCCAACUCCAGUGGCGGGCCCAGCGGCUCCGCCGGACCAGGAGGCUCUUACACGCCGUCCGGCUCAUCGGGGCGCGCCCCUGGCGAUCUGGGCAUGGGCUCCUCCUCGAUGCUGCCCGGCUCGGCCUACACCAACCACUCGACGUACGACUCCCGCGGGGGCCACCACUACCGGUCGUCGAUCCCGCCGCUGCAGAUCCCCAUGGAGCCGGCGCUGUCCUCCCACGAGGAGGCGAAGAGCAGCAGCAGCGGCAUCGACGAGAGCCCGUGCUACCUGUACUGCCCGGGCGCGACGCUGCAGUACGAGGGCCAGCAGGAGAGCCGGUACACGCUGCCGAGCGUGGGCGAGUACACGACCAACAAGAUCAAGAACGAGUAUUCCGCGGCCGCCGGGAGCAGCAGCAGCAACCACAACGGCGGUGGAUACGUGCUGCCGAGCCUGGUGGGAGGUGAGAGCGUCUACGGGCGUGGCGGUGGGUGUGGGCGGUGGGAGAGCGUCGAUCAGCAGACGAGUCGGGGAUUCUUCUCGAGCUCGAUGCUGCAGCAGGAGAUGAACAUCACCUAG